AUGAGUGAGUGUAUCCCGCCUCGAGGUCGUUGUCGUCUUCGUUUAGUUCGUCCCUUUGCGUUCACGAUUUUCGAAAACAUGAGAGAGCCGAGCUGGAUCUUCGGGCCGAAACUCGAAGCCAUGUCCUCUCUGACCCUCCUCCUCGCUGUUCUUGCCCAGGUCUUGACUUGCUCCGCUGUUCCUGAUCAGUCGGUAAAUUGUCACUUGCAGUGGUUCAAGAGCGGAGCGGAGUUGACUGCGGCAACCUGCCCCGGGCUGCACGCCUACGGCGAAGCCGGCAGCGCGGAGCGGUGCUGUCAGGCGGUGGGCGCGGUGCCGCUCGACUGCGACGUGCGCUACCUGUUCCGGGUGCACGACAAGCACCUCGCGCGAGCCAAUACGCAGCACCACUGCUGCGAGGUGGCCACGUCGAGGGAGGGCGCGGCCUUGCUGUCGAGUUGGACCCUCGUGGCGGCCAGGUACGGCUGCACGUCGCAAACUUCCUGGCUCGAUUGGUCGCAGCGGUCGCCUUGUCUGGCUGCCUGGUGGACCACGGGGUCCGACGCCGAGGACUCGUCGGCAAAGGAAGGCAAUACGGUUGCUUUUCCGUCCAGCUCCCCGUUAUGCACCCGUGCGCGGUAUCCGUAUCCAGAUCAGGUUCUCUGGACUUCCAGCGUCGCGGCCAAGGCGCAGCACGAUGCGGUCUUGGAGUUGCAAACCGACGAGGGAUUUCGCUUCCGUGAUUUACUGUACCACUGUUGUGGGCGCGUCUACGUUCCUGAUGAUUGUGACGUGCGGUACCGGUUGAACUACCAUGACCAGCUCUUCCGAGUACAGGGCGCCAGAAACGAUCACUUUUGCUGUCUGUCCGAAAGUCUCUUCGUAGCCCGGGCCUACGGAUGCAUGCACUACGGGUCCGGACUGUUGCUCCAAUGGGAGCCAGAUCUGCAAUCGGUGCACCGGGGCAUCUCCGAUCUCUUCGCCGUUCUGCAACGCCCUGUAUUGGGACAGCUCGCACUGUGGACCGAUGAAGCGGGGACCUCUACUGCAGAAGAAGAAAAGACAGCGUCCGCACCAGCUCCCGUGACUUCUACGACGGAGCGAUUGAAUGCUACAACAGCAACUAGCGUUGACGAAGGAAAUAGUUCUGGAACAUCUACGUCCUCGGAAGUUGCGGGGACGUCGCUGAAGUCCCAGGAGGGAGGACGGCUUCAGGUAGCAGAGGUUCUGGUGCGAUGUCUCUCAACGCCCUUCCAGUUGCACGAGUGCGAAAACCAAUGCGCGCACGCGAGUUGGGGCCUGGCCGACGUCGAGGGGUACGUACGUCUGGACUACGAAGCGCCCGGGCUCCUGCUCGGUAGUCGCCGCGCAACCCAAUGGUGGUACCUGACGCCGCUCCGGGAGCCCGUUCCCUCGGACCAGGCGUGUGUCGAUCUUGUGGCGCAAAUCCUGGCCCUGUGCAGGGGCGGCUUGGCAGACACCUUCUCGGGUGGGAAGCUGGCGAAUCAGUGCGACUACCUACAAGCGCAGCAUCUGCAGUUCACCCCAGCCGGAAGGCUUCAGAUUCUGACCUGA